CCAACUGCAUGGGACAUGGACCGUACUUAUUCAAUCUCCUUACAAUCUCUGAAAUCCAUUUACAGCCAAUCAAGUUUCAAACAUAUUCCCACGUGGCCAGUCACAAUUCCACAACAUCUCCAUAACAGGACAUCCUCUGCAUUUUCUCUCUAUCUUCCACUUCCACUUCCUCUGUCUCCACUCUCCCUCUCCACCAUGUCCCCAGCUGCAGGAGCUGUAGCAUUGCACUCUUCCCUGUGCACAAUCUCUCCUGAUAAACCAUCACCUCCUUCCACCUCAACCACCCUGCUGAUUACCAAACCCAAAAGCCUCCUUCAAAACCAUCCACUUUACACACCAACAACCCAUGCAAAACUCUCCCUUCAGUUCAAAGAGAAAAUCCUCUGCCUUGAGGUAAUGGGUGUUGAUGCAGGGAGAGCACUGUCUCAAAACCCUGACCUCCGGACAGCCACCAUGGAAUCCAUUCAAUCCAUCAUCAGCUUCCUUCUCUCCAAAGGCAUCCAGCACAAGGACUUGCCAAGAAUCUUUGGCAUGUGCCCCAAGAUUCUCACCUCUGACAUCAAAACUGAACUCAACCCUGUUUUUGAUUUUCUCCUGCAUGACCUCAAAGUCCCAGAUUACAAUUUCAGGAAGGUUAUCAAUAAAUGUCCAAGAUUGCUUACAUCUAGUGUGAGAGACCAGCUUAAGCCAGCUUUGUUUUACCUCAAGAGGCUUGGAUUCAAGGAUUUGACACCCUUGGCUUAUCAAGAUUCUGUUCUGUUGGUGUCUAAUGUAGAAAGGACCCUGAUCCCCAAGUUGGAGUAUUUGGAGAACUUGGGGUUUUCUAAGGGGGAGGCUAGAAGUUUGGUGUUGAGGUGUCCAGCAUUGUUCACUUUCAGCAUAGAAAAUAAUUUUGAGCCUAAGUUUGAGUACUUUGCUGGGGAAAUGGGGAGGAAAUUGGAGGAGCUGAAGGAAUUUCCUCAGUACUUUGCUUUUAGUUUGGAGAACAGGAUAAAGCCUAGGCACAUGGAGGUUGUGCAAUGUGGGAUCAAUUUACCUUUGUCAGUGAUGCUUAAAAGCACUGAUGAAGAAUUUAGGGAGCUGAUAAAGCAGGGGGAUGGAUGAAAUAGAUGGAAGCAUCAUUUUAUGUGUAUUUAUUUUUGUGAAUUCAUUCUUCUCCAAGAAAGUUUGAAUGUUUCACAAGUUUUUUGUAUGAUAUGUAAUUUUGAAUUCCCUGUACUUACUUACUCCUUAAGCAACAUGACUGAUAUUGUUUUAAGUUGCUAUUGUAAAUAAAUCUUUGGCUGCCCUUUUUUGAUGAUACUGGGAAGCAAAGAAAGAUGAAAAUUUGAAAAGCUAUCUUAGAGGAGCAAGUUUAAGCA